UUCUCUAGCUGCUCGGGAGAGAGAUCGCGGAGCACAGCAUGCCGAUCAGUCCUCUCCGAGUGGUCGGCGCGCCUACGUCUCUCGUGGAAAACAAAACGGGCGUAAUGACGAACGGCAACAAGUGCAAUUCGCCCGUCGAAAUCGGCGCCGCGACGAACAGCGAGAACAUCGGACGAUUCAUCUCGAAAGAAACGCUGCGGAAGAUCAAGUCGAUCGGCGGUCACGUGGGUCUGUUGAUCACCCUGAUGCUUUACACCGCGAUCGGCGGGCUGGUUUUUCGGCAGAUCGAACUUCCGGCGGAGCUCAGACGACUCGAGCGUUUGCGCGCGAGAUUACGUACGCAACGAUAUCGCUUCGUGGAGUCGAUUUCCAAUAACACGGACGUCUUCAAUCUGCAUACCCUGGUGAGCGUGAAAUUACGCGCCUACGAAGAAGCGGUCCAAGAAGCAGCGGAGGCGGGUCUGCUGGUCAGCUUCGUAACGGAUAUCACUGAUCAGAACGAUUCCGAAUCGGAACUGCCACCAAUCGUGACGGAGAGAUGGAGCGUUCUCCAGGCGGUGUUCUUCGCCAGUACCGUUCUCACGACAAUCGGAUACGGCAAUGUUGUGCCCUCGACCAACUGGGGAAGGAUCUUCUGCAUCUUCUUCGCUUUCGUCGGUAUACCUCUCACUCUGAUAGUGAUCGCCGACUGGGGAAAGUUAUUUGCGAGCGUGGUGGUGCACAUAGGGUUGAUGACGAAGUCAAAAUUUCCGUUUCGCGCGAAGUUUUCGUGCAUUCCGACAAACGUGGCCGGCCGACGAUCGCUCGGUGCCUGUGCCGCCAUUGUGCUACUCUUCCUAUAUCUCGCCUGCGGUGCUGGUAUGUUUAUGCUGUGGGAGGACGAUUGGGAUUUUUUCGACGGAUUUUACUUCUGCUUCGUAACUAUGACCACUAUAGGCUUCGGCGAUCUCGUCCCGAAGAAGCCGAAGUACACCUUGUUGUGUACUUUAUACAUCUUGGUCGGCUUGGCGCUGACUAGCACCAUCAUCGAGCUCGUCAGACGACAAUACACUCAGUCCUGGAGGAGGCUGCAAAGACUGAGUGGUCCAUUGGCCGAGGCUCUCAGGAAACUCGGCGAACAGGCGGGCGGCGACAUGUCGGCGCUACACUCUGAUUUGCGGAAAGUACUGACGGUCAUAUCUAUGCCGCGUCUGAGGUGGUCGGGGUCCAUCGACCGGGGCGUCACGAAGGACCAAGACUGGGAGGAAGCCGUGGAGGCGAUGCUGCGCGAUAUCGCCGCAUCCGCGACGGCGCCCAAGAAGCCGAUCGUGCAAAUCGUCGUUUACGAGUCUAGCGUUUAGUUUACUUAUACUUAAUAUUGAACUUGGAGGAAUUAA